UCAGAGCCAGAGGUUAAUAGAGCCCUGAUCUUGUAAAUUAGCUAAAUUGGUUUCUCUUCACUUUUCAAAGCAAAUUUAGCCAAAUUAACCAAUGAACGGAGCAGCAGCAGAUGAACCUAGUGCAAAGAAGCGUAAAGUGUCUGGCAGCACAUCUGGUGUAGAAGUCAAAUACACACAGUUGUUCAUUAACAAUGAAUGGGUUGAUUCUGUGAGUGGCAAGACCUUCCCUACCAUCAAUCCUACUGAUGGGGAGAAGAUAUGUGAUGUCUCUGAAGGAGACAAGGCUGACGUUGAUAAAGCUGUUGAUGCUGCAAGGGAAGCAUUCAAGCUUGGUAGUGUCUGGCGUACAAUGGAUGCCUCUGAGAGAGGAAGGCUCAUUGGUAAACUCGCUGACCUGAUUGAGAGGGACAGAGAAUAUUUGGCCAAACUAGAGACACUUGACAAUGGGAAACCAUUCCACAUUGCUAUGGCCGGAGACCUGGAGCUCGCCAUACGCUGCUAUCGUUACUAUUCCGGAUGGUCUGACAAGAUAUUUGGUAAAACAAUACCUCUGGAUGGUCCGUACAUGUCCAUGACACGUCACGAGCCGAUUGGUGUGGAUCAGGCCCAGUUUGAUAAGAUCAUGGGUCUGAUAGAGAGUGGGAAGAAGGAAGGAGCCAAGUUAGAGUGUGGCGGUAAUCGUGUUGGUGAUAAAGGUUUCUUUGUGGAGCCCACGGUCUUCACUAACGUCAACGAUGAGAUGACAAUAGCCAAAGAGGAGAUAUUUGGUCCUGUGAUGCAGAUAAUGAAGUUCAAGACGAUAGACGAAGUGAUUGAGAGAUCCAACAGGAGCCUUUACGGUCUUGCUGCCGCCAUCUUCACGAAGAACCUGGAUAAUGCUCUGAUGCUAGCUCAGGGCCUGCAGGCAGGAUCUGUUUGGAUCAAUUGUCACAAUGUGUUCCUUGUACAGUCUCCAUUUGGUGGUUUUAAGGAGUCUGGUAUUGGUAGAGAGUUGAGUGAGUAUGCUCUCCAUGAGUAUACUGAAGUGAAGAACAUCACCAUUAGGAUCCCUCAGAAGAACUCUUAAACUUUCAUUUUUGCAGUACUUUUUGUAGCAUAAUAACUUCCCAUUAUCAAUCAUUAAUUUUUGCUUUUGCGGUUUAGUAGUCCAAUUAUUAGUUUUUGCUUAUGAA